AUCGUUAGGGAUUGAAUUCAAUUAGGUUCCACUUUCCUUAUGCGUAAGGUUUAUUAAAUCCAAGUUUCAGUAGUAAUUUGGACUUCGUUUGGAGCUUUACGAUACUUUUUGAUAUAUUACAAAUACAAUAAUACAAGAUUAUUAUGGAAGUCAAGUCCCGUCAAGAGCUGGACAAAUUAGUCUUCAAGAGGCAGGCAGAACGAGUCGAAUCGUUUAAGAAAUUGAGGGAAGAGUACAAUUUGGACAAUGAUGCUGCAUCCCAAGCCAUCCUGCAAUUGGAUGAUGCAACUUUGUUGGCCAAGUUGCGAGGAGGUUCCUUGAAGGCGACGGUGGUUUUGAAGGCAUACAUGGCAAAGGCGUUACAGGUCACGGACAAUUGUAAUUGUAUCACCGAGUUCAUUCCACAGGCCAAGCAAUGGGCAGAGGAAUUAGAUAUGCCGAAUGCAGUGAAAGGUCCCCUCCACGGAUUGCCAAUCGCUCUUAAGGAAGAUUACGAUGUCGAAGGAAUGGAUAGCACGCUGGGGUUUGCAAAGAAAUUGUAUCAACCAGCCAAGAAGCAUGCGGUACUGGUGAAAAUUUUGAGAUCCUUGGGAGCCGUGCCGUUCGCAAAGACAAAUGUACCUCAAUCACUUUUAUCGUACGCAUGUGACAACCCAAUUUAUGGGAUAACCACGAAUCCUAAGAAUAAAUUUCUCUCGCCUGGUGGCUCCUCGGGAGGAUCGGGAGCAAUUAUGGGUGGAAGUGGAGCCGUAUUUUCCAUGGGAUCCGACAUUGGAGGAUCACUACGAAUUCCGGCCCAUUUUAACGGGGCAGUGACCUUGCGGGGAACCGUUGAUAGGCUGAGUGUUCGAGGGGUGAAUGCAUGCAUCAUGGAUAAACUUGUUGGAGCCGUGGGUGUUCCUGGAGUCAUUGGAAAUUCUGCUAGUUUUGUUUCCCUCGUGUAUAAAGAGCUGUUGAAGGAUUCCCUUCAAAAUAAGGAGGACCCAAGAGCUGUGCCAAUUCCUUGGAAUGAUGAGCUAUACUUAUCUGAUAACAAGUUGCGAAUCGGUUACUAUACCUCGCUCCCAUUUUUUCCAACAAUUGGUGACACUGGAAAAACUAUCCUGGAUGCCAAAGCAGCACUGGAAUCGUUGGGCCAUAGUGUCGUCGAGUUUCAAAUGCCUGACGAUUUUCACUACAUUGGAAUAAUUAACGCCCUUCUGCACGCAGAUGGCGGAAAGAUUUUUAGAGAACUCUUCCAUUUAGAGCAAAUUGCUCUAGCGACAAAGGGACUCGUCGCCAACGCAUAUGCUCCGGAAUGGAAACGAAAAUUGGUGGCAAAUAUGUUCCCAAUAUUUGGUGGUAGUUCAAAGCGUGGCGCAAUGUUGGCCAGAACAAUGUUAGAUGCUAGAAGUUCUGACGAUUUAUGGGAAAAGAUGUAUCAGAAAAAAUUGGUGAGAAAUUAUAUUUUGGAUAAAAUGGAGGAGCAGGAGUUGGAUCUCAUUUUAUGCCCGGUCUUCCCAUUUCCGGCGUGUAAACUGGCUGAAGCUGCAGAAUUACUGUUUGCUGUUGUUUACACUAUGAUUUGGAAUAUCGUCGAUUUUCCGGCUGGAGUUCUUCCAUUUGGCGUAGAGUCUGGAAAAAAUAUUUGUGCAUAUGAUGAUGAAGGGGACGCAAUGCUCAAGAUGGCAAAGGAGAGUGUAACAGAAUCUGCUGGAAUGUCAAUUGGAGUGCAAUUAGUUGCAAAACCCUUUAAAGAAGAACUCGUCCUGAGGGUCAUGACUGAAUUGGAGAAGACAAGCAAAAAAUGAAUUCAGGAAUCUUGCAGAUCUUGAUAGAAUAUACAAAUUAUAUUUUACCACAAUUCGUAAUGAAACUGUCUAUAUUGAAAUAUUGAAUUCAAAGCCAGUGUUACAAUUAAAUAACGCUCUACAUUUUUUAGUACACAAUUUGAGUGUUAUGGUUCAGAAAAAUUGACUUGGGCCUGAAUACGACAGGAUUUACAUAUAUACAUACAUACAAAAUGCAAUUUUUCGUAGUUUCGAGUGACAGAAUUCUCUACAUGCAAAUUUCAUGAUAAUGCAAUAAAAUUAUCUCAUUCAUUA